AUGCCCCCCAAGCGCAAGUCUGAAGUGCUCGAGCCCGUCGACGUCACCGUCGACGCGCCCGAGGUCGAGUCCGAGGAUGACUACGCGCCUGCUGUCGCCAAGCCGGCCGCGAAGAAGGCGCGGAAGUCGGACGUCGGGGAGGGCUCCUCGUCCGGAGCGAAGAAGGGCAAGGCGGCCGACGAGCCCAAGAAGAAGUGGUUUGAGAUCAAGCUGGAGGGAGAGGAGGAGGUGAGCGGCAGCCUCUUCGAUGACUGCAAUGACAUUCGUCGGAAGAUCAAGGCUCUGCAGAAGGAGUCUGGUUUCAAGGUCACGCACUGGCUCGAGGCGAUUGGGAAGAUCAACAAUAACUCGUACCAACGUUUCAUGAAAGCCAGCGGACCCACUGGCGGCGCGUCCAACGGUACCUACUACGCGGCCUACGUCUACUUCGAAAAGGUCAGGAUCGCGGAGGGCAAGAAGAAGACGCCGAAGCGCAUCCGUAACGAGCAAGAAUAUCUGUCUGGUAUGCCCACGGAGGAGCGUAGGGGCAUGUGGGUGAGGGCAUAA